AAAGCUAUGUCAUUGUAUAUGAUAAAUCUCACUCCUCGUUCAUCUUCAUGAUGUCCAUCGAACAAGACCCCUCCGUACCCGCCCCAACUUCCAAAAAGGACGCCAGCAAACCUCGCCGUCGCUUCAUUGGCUCAAAAUCCUCCAAACCGACGUCCUCCUCUAAUCCUUCUAACUCUGUUCUACGAAAUCAAAUCCCGGCAGAGAUCCUCGAAGACCCCCAGCUGAACGCGAUCAUCGAGAAGGUCCUCCCCAGAAACUACAGUUUCGAGAUCUACAAAACCAUCCAUCAUGUGCGAAAGAAUGGGAGUAAGAUGGUAGCUUUGCAGAUGCCUGAAGGAUUGCAAAUGUUUGCGUGUGCGAUUGCCGAUAUUAUCGAGAGAUUCACACCAGCAUUGACAACGAUAAUGGGAGAUGUAACCUAUGGAGCUUGUUGUGUUGAUGAUUACACUGCACUCGCUCUAGGCUGUGAUAUGCUUAUACACUACGGGCACUCCUGCCUCGUUCCUUCGAAUUUCACUCAGGAAAUCAAGACUUUGUAUGUGUUUGUCGAGAUCGGUAUCGAUUCAGUCCACGUACACCAGACAAUUCGCGCCAACUUGCCCAGUGAUCGCGAUGCGUUUCACGACGCCCUAAUGACCAUUGGCAUGGGAGAAGGAGGCGAACAGGAAAUAAAAGCUGGAGAGAGAAUACCUAUUGCUGGCCCGGGACUAAGGAUCGAAGCUUCACCGCAUAAGUCUGUAGAGGAAAAAGACCGUGAUGUAGCUGUGAUACUUGCCGAACAGAAAGAUUUGAAUCCGACUAGGUUGGCAUUGGUGUCGACAAUUCAGUUUGUCGCUGCUCUGCAACGACUAAAAGAGGAUUUAAGUGACCCAUACAUUCCUUCUUCGACUUCUGCUACUCCUCUUUGGACUUUCCCUUAUGAAACAACAAUUCCUCGAUCUAAACCUUUAUCACCUGGUGAAAUUCUAGGAUGUACUGCACCAAAGCUGGGCGAAGAGGUCGACGCGAUCGUCUACUUAGGUGAUGGACGCUUUCACCUUGAAGCUAUCAUGAUAGCCAAUCCAUCAGUGCCAGCGUUCAGGUAUGAUCCAUAUUCGAAAAAGCUUACUCGUGAGCGGUAUGGCCACAAAGAGAUGAGGUCAGUGAGAAGAGAUGCAAUCGAGGGCGCAAGGAAAAGUAUUGGUUGGAUUAAAACUGUUGAAUUAUUGAAAGGGACGGCAGAUCCUGCGCCUAUUGAGGAAGAAGAAACAGAUACACCUCUUUGGGGAUUGAUACUCGGUACUCUUGGGAGGCAAGGAAGUUUCAGGCAACUACAGGCGAUAACAAAUCAACUACAAGAGUCUCGUAAACCUAUUCCCUACAUGCCUAUCCUUCUAUCCGAACUUUCCCCUGCAAAGCUGGCACUUUUCAACGCUGGUCGAAGUCCAUCUUUCUCUACCAUUGAUACACACUCGCACGGACUCCAACGAUACUCUAAACUACCAUCGACCAAUCAUCCUCGAAUAUCUACCUUUAUCCAGACUUCUUGCCCCCGACUUUCCAUCGACUGGGGGUACGCGUUUGAGCGUCCAUUGUUGAGCCCGUAUGAAUGUGCGGUGGCGAUGGGUACAGGGAAGAACACGGAAUGGUUUGAUUCUGGAGUGGAAACUAAGACAGUAGGAGCUGAAGGAUUCGGUAAGCAGGAGAAUGACCACUAUCCGAUGGACUUUUACACCGCUGGUAGUCCGUGGGCUUUGUCAAGAGUCAAAGGUGUAUUUACAUAGAAGAUCAAGUUUUGAGGCUGAAUAGUUAUGUAGCUAUCGGCAGAGUGGGCUGAAUCGAAUCAGAUGAGUCCGCAGUGCUACCACUGAGAGUGACAAAUUGUGACAGCAGUCACCAUCC